UCACGAUUUUCUUUAUCUGUGAGAACCCCUCUCUCCACCAGUUUCGCAAUCUGCAUUCAUACUCGUCAGCGAGUGCAGAUUGAAUGCGAUGUGGGUCACUCGCUUGCAUGUGCUGUUGUAGUGAACAUCACGAAGCGUACGAAGCCGAGGAAAGCAGAGAUGGCGACGCCAGGCAGCAACGAAGGUGCAACUCCGGUACAAGCGACCGGGACGGCAGCUCCGACCGUGUCUACUAGAGUCUCGACGUCGUCCAAUGGCAAGAAUAAUAAGGACGUCGCAGAGUCUGGCGUUCCGGCGGUGCCCUGCGGGCCUAAGGACAACAGAACUACACAGCCAGAUGCUGCGCCUUCGUCGACUGUUAAACAACGCAGCACUACAGAACACCACGCUACGGCGGCGUCAAGCAGUGUGAGUGCCGACAGCGCGGCAAAGGUCGGCAGUGCUCCGGACUACACAGGUGCUGACAAGGAUGCAACUUCGACGAGUCAUCUGAAGACGUCAAGUGGUCCGGUCGCUGACGUAACCGAGGCUACGGAUGGGGGUGCUGCAAGAGGGCAGUGCGCUCAAAAGGGGCCGGGACCGGAAAAUUGUGGAAUACGAAGCCCUUCAAAGACUCGCGGCGCUGUCCAUAUUACCACGGCUACUGUGAAGUCGGGUGGAGACAAACCUGCCGGCACUAAAGCCUACGUCGAUGCAGCUGCUGCUGCACCCGUCGGUGUCGUCGCUGAGGAAGUAGCUAACCGCGUAACCCUUCCUGUCGUGACGCCUCCUGGUUUGAGAACUUCUGGCGCGGCUACUCCCGAGGUGCCACCUCCGGGCGCGACGACACAAGCUCUGGCGACUCCGACGAGCCCGAUGCCUACAAGCGGGAAGUCUCCCGGCAGUUCUGGUCCGGACGGCGCCGACCCAAAGAACCUGGGCGACGCGCAUGCAGGGGCGAAAAGACCCACGGGACGUACAGCCGCUGCGAAGGUGCCACGCCUCGACAAGACUACGACUACGGACACUGGCACGGCGAAUACCGACGCCGCUAGGCCUGCUGGCUCUGCAGCUACGCGCGCCGCUGCACCGCAGCCCACGGUACCUACUACGGUACUUGGUGGUACGAGCCUCGACGGCGCGAACGUUGAUAAGCCUAUCGGAACUGCGGAACCUGGACUGCCGAAGGACAAUGUCUUUAGGGAUGGUGGCUCCAAUUCUGGUGGUGCAGUGGAGAUGGUGACUCUUGGAGCGGUGUCCGGCGCUACCGAAGCCGUGGCUACCACAAGCACGGGUGCGAAAGCGUUCACCGCUACAGACGGUUCCGCAAGAAGUACUACCGGUCGCGACGCGCCUGCCAGUGCUGGAAACGUCGACGUUGCGGGGCCUAGUAGAGUGACGACGGUUAGAAGUCCCGGUGUUUCACGUGCGAUCGCCACCGAGGAGUCUCCUCCUGGGCCCAGCUCUGCGAAGGCACCGCGCAUUGCCGGAACGCCGCCACCGCCGGCGAUGAAUUCCGCGGCUACCGAUCGCAUCCUCGAGGAGCUGAACGAUGUCGCCCGUGACCCGCCGCCAAAUUGUUCGGCUGGUCUCGUCCAUUCGGACGACCUUUUCAACUGGCGCGCCGUCAUAGUGGGUCCGCAGGGGACGCCUUACGAAGGAGGCAUGUUCCACCUGCACAUAUCCUUUCCCGACGACUACCCUCACAGCCCGCCCAAGGUUACCUUCAAGACCAAAAUCUACCAUCCCAACGUGAGCGACGAGGGCGACAUCUCCCUGGACGUCCUCCUCUGGAAUUGGUCGCCACAGAUGAGAGUGGGCCAGGUGCUGCUGUCCAUUUGUUGGCUGCUGGGAGAGCCGGACAUUGAGAACGCGGUCAAUGAGCACGCGGCCUAUAACUACACGGAAGACCCCGACGAGUACAACGUAAUCGCCCGCAAGUGCACCGAGACGAACGCGUUAUAAGGCCUUUGUAGCCUGAGCUAUCGGUUUGUAAUGGCAACGUCUGACCGUGGCUUUCAUUUUAGAAGCGUGACAAGGCUCGAAGACGUGCCCUCCGAGAUGCCCCUACGUAAUCUCGGAAGCAAUGUAUUGUGCACGUUGUCUUGACGGAGAGCAUUGUACGCCGUCUCAUUUAUCGCUAUCAAAUGUGUGCCUUGUGAACGAUUUUUUAAUCGAAUGUGUGAAUUUACGGCGAGAUAAACGUGCGCUUGCGCGUACAAGCGCGUUAUUCGACGGGAAAUAAACGUGAUGUUCGAGGUAAA